UUUGGGGCCGGAGUCUGCGCGCUCGCGCCCCGCGCGUCCUGCGCCCAGGUGCCCUGGUGCUCCGGUGCACUGAGCUCCCCACGCGCGCCAGGCUGCUGGACUUCUCCUCUAUUCCGGUCAUGGCUCUCGGCCGGCCCCGGCAGGGCGGCGCGGCCCAGAUCCCGACACCCACGGCGGGAGACCGCACCGGGCCAUGAUCCGGCUGGGCGGCUGGUGCGCGCGGCGGCCCCGCAGCGCGGCGGCCCCGGCGGAUCGGCGGUGGGUGGCGGGCGGGCCGGCAGGCCGGGCGGGCGGCCGCCCGCUGCGGGUGUUGGUGGACAUGGACGGCGUGCUGGCCGACUUCGAGGGCGGUUUCCUCAAGAAGUUCCGCGCGCGCUUCCCCGACCUGCCCUUCAUCGAUCUGGAGGACCGGCGUGGCUUCUGGGUGAUGGAGCAAUACGGGCGCCUGCGGCCCGAGCUGAGAGAGAAAGCCAUCAGCAUCUGGGAAUCGAAGAAUUUCUUCCUUGAACUUGAACCUCUACCAGGGGCUGUGGAAGCUGUGAAGCAGAUGACCAACCUACAAAACACUGAUGUUUUCAUCUGUACAAGUCCCAUGAAGAUGUUCAAGUACUGUCCCUAUGAGAAGUAUGCCUGGGUGGAGAAGCACUUUGGCCCUGACUUUCUGGAGCAAAUGGUGUUGACCAGUGACAAGACGGUGGUCUCUGCUGACCUUCUCAUAGACGACCGGCCAGACAUCACAGGGGCAGAGUCGCAGCCCAGCUGGGAGCAUGUCCUCUUCACAGCCUGUCACAACCAACACCUGCAGCUGCAGCCCCCUCUCCGCAGGCUGCACUCAUGGGCUGAUGACUGGAGAGCCAUCCUGGAUAGCAAGCGCUGCCGCUGAGCCACACUGCACUUUGUGCUCCUCUAUGGCCUGAUCUCAGCGCCUAUGAACUGGGGGCUGGUGCUCUGAGCUGGCUGAGACGACCUCCUGCCGCACGUCUCUUCCCUUCCCCAGCCCUGCCAGGCCUUAACCUGAUCUGGGGCAGGACUGGACCUCAUGGACUCUGGGACAAAGGCACAUGCUCUCAGGCAGUUCAGGCUUAUUUCAGCCAGUGGCCUCAAGCCACUAAGGACCCCAGGGCUCCCCAGAGAGGGGAGUUAAGGCCACUGUUCAGACAAUUUUGCUUUCAGGGAGGUUCCCUGAGUUAUUGGGGUGCUCUGUUCUAGAGCCUGCAGGCCAUCAGCAAAAAGUGCCAGGGAUGCUUUGUGGUAGAGAUGUCUCCCAUGGGCAUGAGCCCUCAGUAUAUCCACCACAGCACCCUGUCACACUUGCCAGCCUGAUCCACUCCCCAUGUAACCUGUCAUGUAUUCAGCACACUCAGCAGGUUCCGAGGCCACCAGGUUCUGUGCCGGGGGAUGACGCUGGUCCUGCCUGUGGGCAGCACUGAGUUCUCUCACACCCCUGUUCCUGAGGCCCAGCAGAGUCAGCAGGCUUGAACACUUGUUGAACACAUAAGAAGUAAA